CGCUGGCCUGCGGCUGGGCCUCUGCUCCAAACCCUUUCGGCCUUCUCCUCCCGCACAGUCCCUCCCGCUGAGGUUGCCCCGGCGACCCUCCUCUCCCCAGUGGCCCAGGGGCUGGCGGGAGGCGAUGUGAUGUGGGCUGAAGAGCCAAAGAGGCAGAAGUUGUGACCUUGGUGGGAAACCAGUCCAGGAAACGUAGAUGAGUAGAGAGAUCUGCAUCCAUACCUGGCCGUGCUCCUACUAUUUAGAACUUGAGAAGCGAUGGAUCCCUGGAAAACUUUCAUUAACUCCUCUUUCACUAAAAUUUAUGGCGGAUAAAACAGAAGAAGUUCUUGUCAACUUUCCCCUUUCUAGCAUAAUUGAAAUCAAAAAGAGGCUUCCCAUUUUUUCUUCAGUUCUAUCACCAUCCUGGAAAAGGACCAUAUUAAGCACUGGUUUAGUUCCUUACAGCCUAAUCGGAAUGUCGUCUUCAGCAUUAUUGAGCAUUUCUGGAGAGAGCUGUUGUUGUCUCAGCCAGAAACCGCUGUUCAAUCAUCAUCCUCCACCAUGACCAAGGGGAAGGAACUGACUGGAUUGAUGGCGCGUUCCCAGAAGCGUUUGGAAGAUACGGCAAAAGUCCUCCAUCAUCAAGGGGAACAGUUUGAUAACAUCAUGAAAGGACUAGACAAGAUUGAAUCUGAUCUGGAGGUGGCUGACAGAGGCAGAAGUUGUGACCUUGGUGGGAAACCAGUCCAGGAAACGUAGAUGAGUAGAGAGAUCUGCAUCCAUACCUGGCCGUGCUCCUACUAUUUAGAACUUGAGAAGCGAUGGAUCCCUGGAAAACUUUCAUUAACUCCUCUUUCACUAAAAUUUAUGGCGGAUAAAACAGAAGAAGUUCUUGUCAACUUUCCCCUUUCUAGCAUAAUUGAAAUCAAGAAAGAGGCUUCCCAUUUUUUCUUCAGUUCUAUCACCAUCCUGGAAAAGGACCAUAUUAAGCACUGGUUUAGUUCCUUACAGCCUAAUCGGAAUGUCGUCUUCAGCAUUAUUGAGCAUUUCUGGAGAGAGCUGUUGUUGUCUCAGCCAGAAACCGCUGUUCAAUCAUCAUCCUCCACCAUGACCAAGGGGAAGGAACUGACUGGAUUGAUGGCGCGUUCCCAGAAGCGUUUGGAAGAUACGGCAAAAGUCCUCCAUCAUCAAGGGGAACAGUUUGAUAAUAUCAUGAAAGGACUAGACAAGAUUGAAUCUGAUCUGGAGGUGGCUGACAGAUUGCUGACAGAACUGGAAUCUCCUUCUUGGUGGCCUUUUAGUUCCAAACUGUGGAAGACUCCAUCAGGAACAAAGCCCAGGGAAGGUGCCUCAGUGUUCUCCUCUGAGGCUUUUGGAAAAGAAGGGGUGGUAAUUAAAAUUCCUGCGAUUAUUUCCCAAGGAACAGAGUCUCACGUUAAACCAGGAAAGCUCACGGUCCUUGUUUCUGGAUUAGAAAUCCAUGACUCAAAUUCUUUGCUCAUGCACAGAUUUGAAAGAGAAGAUGUGGAUGACAUUAAGGUUCACACACCGUAUGAAAUUAGCAUACGCCAGCGAUUUAUUGGGAAGCCAGACAUAGCUUAUCGUUUGAUAUCUGCAAAAAUGCCAGAGGUCAUCCCAGUGUUAGAAGUGCAGUUCAACAAGAAAAUAGAGUUGUUAGAAGACGCCUUGAUGCUCAGUAGCACCAGAGCCUCCUCUCCAGCAGAGAAAGUUUGCUCACCCUGGCAUGCAGCAUCUGGGCUGAUGGUGGACCGCGUUUUGCACCGAGAGUUCUCCUCAGGAAGCGAAGAAGGCAGGCAGGCUCAGAUGCAGACAAGCGAGCAGCUCAUCUCUGAGGAGGACACGCAGGAGCUGAGACAGAUCCUGAGGAAGCUGAAGAGCCUCGCCCUGGACACGGAGACGGAGCUGGAGAGGCAGGAUGAGGCUCUGGACGGCAUUACCUCUGCUGUGGACCGGGCAGCCUUCACCAUGGACAAGCACAAUCGGCGAAUAAAAAAACUGACCUAGGAGAGGGAAACGCACCCGUGGACCAUUUCGGAAGAGAGUCGUGUCUCUGGAUUUGUCCUUCUCAAUCCCCACAUCCUUCCACCCACCGGAGGGCCCUGAGAAGCGACUGCUGUGAGGAGUGGCAGGGGCAGUGUAACCCAGGGUCCUGGCGACUCCCACGGAGGAAGUGCCCUGCAGUGAGGGAGAGGGCGCGGGGUAAGGACGGUCGGGCCUGUGUGCGGAGCAGUGCAGACGGGGCCGGUGGACCUGGCCUGGGAACCAGGCUGGCCCACUUGCUCUCCUGCUCAGAGCAGGGGCCCGAGCUCCGUCGAGGCUGCUGGGGACGUGCAGGCCCCACCCCACCCCCACCC